AAACCAUUUAUUGUGAAUCAAUUCCCAAUCCAUAACCUCAUAUUCAUCUCGAACAAAGAUUGUUCAAACCCUCCCCUCCUAAUCUAGUGAGAGAUUCAAUCCAAUCUGAUUUUGUUAUGGAAAGUCUCUCUACCUCUUGCUGAAAGAGAGAGAUGAAGGGUUCCGAUGGUUACAGUACCAAUUCGAACCCCAAGCUCAUUGAGGAUGAGCAGAAGAGAUGCAGAGCCGUCGAAGAUCGAAUUCGAAGCUUACCUCUCUCGAAGAUUACGAAUUCCUGCAAGCGAACUUUACUUAGACUGGUGAACUCCGAGCUCGAGUUCCUCUCUCGUCUAUCUUCUAAUUCUCCUAAUUUCGCCGGUCCAAUUUGUGUGAACAUUGGGUACCUCGAGUCAGUUGUUCACAUCCUUCAACAGACAUUUAUAACUGGAGUGUCACGUGUAUGCAAGCCUAUUCCUCUGACCUCUGGAAAUGGGGAGAAAAAGUGUUUUCCUUCGAAGGGUGUCCAUGUUGAUAUAGUGUGUACCAUUGAUAGUAACCCAGUCUGGUUCGUUGUGUCAGAUCGGAACCCGAAGUACAUUUCAUGGUCUGGAUCUCACAAGAAUAAGGGCUUAAGAAUGCGCAUAGAGCAGGUUGUUGAAGCGGCUCACUCAUCUCUGACACUAAAACCAUCCUCAAUUAUUCUGUUCUUUGCCAAUGGACUUGACAAGGUUCUUUCUCUGAAGGUUGGAGAUGAAUUUGGGGCAUCUGAGUUUGGGAAAGAGUUUUUUAUUUUUGACUCUGAUAUUACUGAGGAGUUAGAGGGUGAUUGGGUCAAGUUACAUGCAAGAUCGUUCCGAGGGGCAAGCAUUUUCCAAAUAAAGAUUGAUGCUUUCAUGGACACUGUUUCCAGCUCAGAGCCUGGGCUGAAAGACCCACUUCGGGGAACUGCUACACUGGAGCUGCCUAAAUAUCGAAGUAAUUUGGUUCCUGGUGAUGCAUUCUGUUCUUUAAUAUCAAGAAUAAAAUUGAUCUCGUUGGACACCGAUUCUGCCACACCAGAGGCUUUAUUGGGUGAAGAACUCGUAAAUUUUGAUACAACAGCUUUGGUUGCUCUUGUAUCUGGAAUUAGCAAUGAUGAUACAGACAAACUACUUGCAACACCAGAAAGUGAGUUAACGAAGCGAUUUAAGAGCAAUACUGAGUUUGUGAUUGCACAGGUGAAGUCCGAAAUUCAAACUCCAAUACUUACGGAACUUGAAGCCGUUAUCUCUGGAAAGAUAUGUAUGAUAUGUAAGACUGUUCAUUUGGAGUUCAAGGAGCUUUUAUCAAUGUGUGGGGGUUCUAAUGAGAAGUGGAGAGCUGAUCACUUGCUUAAAUGCUUACUAGUUGUGCCUGAUCAUCCUUCAGCACGCAUGAUGGGCCUUCCAACCACCAGAAAAAUCGCAUUGAAGAAUAAGAUUUUAUUUGGGACUGGCGAUUACUUUCACGCUCCAACUUUGACUGCAAAUAUGGGAUUUGUGAGAGCCAUUUCACAGACUGGUAUGCCUUUGUCAACAGUUGAGCACAGGCCCCGCGCGUUAACUGGUGAUUAGACAUGGAAUCAACAGGAAGCAGGGACUAGAGCCGUAAGAAGAUUACCUUUACAAUGUCUCCUUGAGUGUCAUUUCUUGAAACAUGGACAGGUUGUGCUUUGGGUUACAGUUACCAUCGGAAGCAACAGGAAGCAGGAGCUGGAGUUGUAAGAAAAGGUUUGUAAAGAGGGUAUACCAAAAGAUGUCUUCCAUGACUCAUUUCAUGGAAAUAUAGAAAAAUUAUUGUGAGUACAUGAUCUAAUUUGGCACCAUAGGUGGAAUUCUGGCUUUGCAAAUGUUUAAUUUGAUGAAAGGAAUUCCUUUUGGCUCCUAA